AUGAACCGCGCAAUCCCAGAACAUUGUGUGAAUCCGGAGCAGUAUGACACAAUCUUCGACGAUACCUGGCACUAUAAGCCAAGGUCUUGUCGGCAGCUGGUUGGCAGCAGUGCGUUUCGCAAGCAAGGCGACUGGCUCCACAUCCCGUCUUACAUGGAAGAGACAUACAUGUGGACAUAUACGAACUGCUCAGAGCACAACAGACUCACUUGCAUGGACAAGGCCCGUCCAGCGGAUGUCUCAUCUCAUGCAGAAGUGUCCUGGGAGGAGGUACACGACAAUACGUGCACCUGCAGGAUGAAGGACAGUUACUUUGCAAGGCAUCCGGAGGAGGAAAUCUUGGUAUUCACCCACAACUACUUCGUGCCCACUCUGGAUGGCAGCACCACAUUGCCUUUGUUUGGGCUUCCGCAGGAGUGGGGAUCAGUGCAGACAAUCCUGCUAGCUGGUAAUGGAUCACGAUGCGAGGUGGGCGGGAAGAGCUUUUGGAACGAAGAGGAGGCUUCCAUUGGCAUCGGGGCCUCGCUGCGGGAUUGGAUGCGAUGUGCGGGUGUUGAUUUAGAUACCAACCCCCUGAGGCUGACCAGUCAGAAUGGGACCCCAAACCUAGCUGGACACCUUCGUAUCAUGGGCCUGAUACUGGACUUCCGCUUGAACUACUUGAGCACAGGUGCUCACAGGGAAACCCAUGAUGGAGUGGUUUGCUACAUCACCGUCAGAGCACAUGCAGCAUGGAAUUCUAACGUUGAAGUCCAGAAACUCCUGCUUCCUGAGCUCAGCAGCAUCAUGACAGAGCAUCAAGUCUACAUGUAUGGGGUGACUCCGCGCUUCACGAUUGAGGGCGACUUCCGCUACAUUUCCCACACGCCAAUCAUGACCUGGGUCAUUGCAACCACUGUCCUUCUCGCAUUGCCCGCAGUCCUUAUGCGCUAUGUUGUGGAGUUCACGCUUGGAGUGCCGUCAAGCAUCUACCGAAGGGAGACCUGUAGAACCUUCGAUAUCUACGAUCAUCUGCGCGAGACACAGGCACGCAUGCUCAGCUCCCACGCUGCCUACAGCGUGCUUUCAAAGAAUGCUACGCUGGACAAGGACAGCCUUGAUGGAUAUCUGAAAGCUCUCUAUGACCUGCAGCUGCGCGAUGGCACCUUGCAGCAAGAGGAGCUGGACCGUCUGUGGCGAGCAACUAUGACAGGCUUUGACACUGACAGGUCGGGCAAGAUAUCUCUUCCGGAGUUUGUUGCAGCUGCUUCGAUGAUGGACGACUUGCACAUGGAGGACAUCGUCCACUUCCUGGAUACAGACCGCAAGCUGCCCUGCCUCGAGUUCUUGCUGGAUAGCACGAGGCAUCAGUUGCGCCAGCAAAACUUGGAUAUUCAGCGCGUCUCUCCAUACCAAAACAGCCCCAGAGCAGAUGAAAAUGCAGAGGUUGGUGAUGAUGGAGAGUUGCCAAAGAAUCCCGUGCCGCAUCAAGAUUGUCAGAUAAGUGUGAAGUCAGAAAAAGCCCAUUCCAUCGAGUGA